AUGCAUCAAGCCGGCGUAGGUGGUAUAGUAGUAAGUGCCACCGAUUAUCAACCAUAUUUCGGAGCCAGAUCUGAGAUCGAAUGCUCGUCCGGCCGCUUUAUCUCUUCAGAGUCGCAAUUGCGUCCUCGAGAACUAUGUGGCGAUCUGAUUGUUUCUGGCCACACACUGACGAUUUUCACCUCAUUUUAUACUUUCAAAUAUUAUGCGCCGAAAAAGUUGAAGCCACUUUCGUACAUGCUGAAUAUGUUGGCUGUUAUGGCAAUACUGGCGAUUCUCUUUGCUCGAAAGCACUACACAAUCGAUGUUCUCUUAGGGUAA